AUGCAGACAGGAUUAGGAAGCUUUAGUUUGGGAGUAAAACUUGUGAGUGGCUGGGUGUUUGUGUGCACACACUGGGUUGCAGAGAGGAAAAGCCUGGAAAGGCUUAGGCCCAGACCUGUGUGGGCCUUGCCUGCGUGGCCUCUGUGCCCCUUCCUCCCAGGCCUAGGCAGGAGCCCCAGACGGCUGCUCCCUCCCCUCUCCUCACCAGGGGAGCACUUCUGUUCCACCUUCUUCUGGAGGAAAACAGCCUGUCACUGUGGGUUUGCUGUGGAUCCAACAAGCUGCCUUGUUUCUCCCAAUUCUGAAACGCUACAAAAAGCAACAGAGUGGGCAGGUGACUGCUUCCUGGGAAGGGAGCCACAAGUCUGGAGCGCGACGGUGGGGAGAAGCAACUGA